UCGAAGUGAAGACCUAAAGCUCUUGCCUCAGCACACGCCGAGCGAGCAACGCGCCGCCCCGCCGGACCACUACCGCCACCAUCACAGGGCGGCGCACAACCGGACGCUCGGCCGCCGCCUGCUUCUCAUGGAUCUGGGUCGGUCCUUCUAGAGUCUCCUGAGGUUCAACAGGAAGUGCGGUGCUAGACUAUUGAAUUGGAGGCAACUUCUUUUCCUAAUAUAGGAUUAGGCUACAAAUGGACCCUGUUAGUAGACUUAAGCCAAUCUCAGGCCAAGUUGUUUCCUCCAAGCCGAUAUCUCUCCCUAAAGCUGCCAAGAUCCUCUCCAAGUUUGUGACGGUUGAGAACGGUGCUUCCCAUGCUAUUAGCGCUUAUCUUCAGCGUGCUUCCACUGCCUUUGAUGAGCUGGUUCAUUUGCACAAGGAACUAAAGGCCCCUAAAUCUGAACGGAAAAGCAUGCACCGUGAAUUAGAUUUUACGAAAGAGCUGCCUCAGGAGACUGAGCUGAGUGUGGCACCGAGACAGACUGUAGCAGAUGACGUCAGUGAAGAGCCGAGUCAUGGGGAUCAUGAGAGUUUUGGUGGUGAUAGAAAAAAGGAAAAGAAGUCAAAGAAGAAGAAGGUGGAUACAGAUCAUACUGGUAAUCUUGGGGGAAAUGAUGGAAAUGUUAUUGACAGGGCAACCAAAGGUGACAGCCAUUUAGCCAGUGAGGUUCUGGAUGAAGUCUUUGGAAACCUGAGUAAUGCAGGUGUAGCAGGUGAAAAGAAGAAAAAUAAAAAGCAGCAGCAGAAUUGGAAGGAUGAGAAGGGCAAUCUAGUUGAAAAUGGGAUGGAAGAUGGGGUGAGGAAUGAUGGCACAGUAAUAGCUGUUGACAAGGCAAAGAAGAAGGCGGGUGAGAGCAAUGAAGGGGAGGAGAAAGGUGGAGAGGCUUCCUCAGAGCAGUCGAGUAAGAAGAAGAAAAAGAGAAAGGGAGGAGAUGGCAGUAGUUUACAGGAUAAUGGGGUUGUAGCAAAAGAGCGAGAGAGUUCUAAGAAAAAGAGAGCGUGAGGAGAUUGAAGAGGGGCGAGUAGAAGAUGGUUUGAUGGAGCAUCUGAAUAAGAAGUCAAAGAAGAGGAAAAACUCGGAUGAACAUUAGUUGGAAAUAAGAGCAAUUCAUUUUUGCAGUUUUGUCCUCCUGUAUUGGAUUUGUAGAAUUUUGGUCUGUGAUGCUUUAUAGGCACUUCCAUUGUCGGUUAGGAUGCUAAACACUACAAGGCAGAAUAUUUUUAUUUUUCAUUUACAAGCUCAUAUUUUCUUGUUUCAUGUUCUGUAAGAUUUGCUAGGAAUGUUAAUCCCUGCAUAAUUGCAGUGAUGGAAACUGUAUUAAGUGAUCAUACUGCCAAUUGCUCUGUUUAGCUGAGUAUAAUCCUUUUAUCUCUUAUUA